UCACUCUCUCUCUUUCGCUCGCUCGUUGUCUUUCACAUCGCCGCGGAAGCGAGGCUCCCCUCAGUGCGCCAUGCCGUUCGCCGUGGUCCUGAACGGGCCGGCCCCCUGGGGGUUCCGCCUGGUGGGGGGCAAGGACUUCAACCAGCCGCUGACCAUCUCCAGGGUGACGCCCGGCAGCAAGGCGGCCCUGGCCGACCUGCGCCCCGGCGACUUGAUCGUAGCCAUCGAGGGCGCCUCGUCCGAUGACAUGCUGCACUGCGACGCUCAGAACAAAAUCAAAGAGUCUAACCAACAGCUCGCGCUCACCGUGGAAAGAACGGAAGCCAAACUGUGGUCGCCGUUGGUGACGGAGGACGGCAAAGUCAGCCCCUUCAAGAUCAACCUGGAAGCCGAGCCGCAGGAGCGGCGGGCGGUGGGCGCGGCGCAUAACCGGCGAGCGCAGCCCUUCGUGGCGGCGGCCAACAUCGACGACACGCGUCAGGUGGUCAGCGCCACCUACAACACGCCCAUCGGACUCUACUCUUCCGGAAACAUCCGGGACGCCAUGGAAGGACAGAUGAAAGGAUUCGUGCAGCCCAAGCCCGACAGUCCUCGGACGUUGGCCAACAUCGAGGACUCGGACGUGUACCGUAUGUUGCAGAAGGACCACGAGGAACCGUCGCAACCUCGCCAGUCGGGAUCCUUCAGGGCCUUGCAGGAAUUUGUGGAGAGCGACGGCACCAAGCCCAUCGUGACCCGAACCGUUAAGGCGCCCACCACUAAACCCGCAGCGCCCGCCGGAAACCUGCAGAAACUCCCCAUGUGCGACAAGUGCGGGAACGGCAUUGUCGGUACCGUGGUGAAGGCACGUGACAAGUUGCGGCACCCGAUUUGCUUCGUGUGUGCCGACUGUGACGUCAACCUGAAGCAGAAAGGUUACUUCUUUGUGGAGGGCGACUUGUACUGCGAGGUCCACGCCCGAGCCAGGACCAGACCGCCCGAGAGUCACGACCUCUAACCGGCCUCACCGUAAAGCUCACUUUAACUGUUAGCUCAUGAUUGUUACGUAAAGUCUCCAAAAACAUCCAUCCAUCCAAAUGUUUGAAACAUUUAUUUUUAAACUUUGGGAAGAAAAUAAAAAAAAUCAAUGUUCAGUGUCAGUUUGUCCAACCGUGAAAAUGUUUGAGAUCUGAGGUAGUAGAUGUAGGUAGGAAUCUAUGCCAAAAAAAGCCACAGCGCCCCUGCUGUUUGGGAGGACAACCCAUCCUCAACAAUACUUGUGUCGCUCACUCAAACGAGAGCUCGGAAGACAAAGGAAAGCGCCGCGCCCGAAGCCAGACCCAGAGACAGGAAGAAGGCCAUAACGGAGCCCGCCGUCUCCGCCUCUUCUGGAAGAACCCGCCUGAAAAAGAAGACGGGCAAAAGAUGUCCGUUUCAUUGACGUCAAAUGGCUCAUUCUGGUUCAAACAUUUAGAAACCUGAAAAUUGGCCAAAUUCUAUUUUUUUCCGUCUAAUUGGCUGCCAUGCUUAAACCAACGUUCAUUCGCUGCCAACCGUCCCACUUAAAACAGAUUGGA